AUGAUGACGGUAGGUCUAAAGGUGGCAGAGUAUUAGAAUCCUUAGGUCAGGGCUCUAUGGGAGACUAAGGGACCUGUGACAGAGAGCUCCACUCAGGGUAAGAAAUAUAGUGCACAAGUGGUCAGUCUCAAGAAGAGCUCUUGCCAGCACUUCCAGAGCUUCCACUAUCACGAAGCAGGUGGACCCUGUGAGGCUCUUGGCCAACUGAGGCCAGAGUUCUACUCAAAAGAGUAGAUCUUGGAAACUGUACUGGUACUACAGCAGUUCCUGACCAUUCUGCCCGGGGAUGUUGAAUCCUGGAUAAAGAAGCACCACCUACAGAGCAUUGAGGAGGUUGUGGCCUUGGUAGACCACUCGCAGCAUAAAUCUGCUCAAAUGAGAAAUGGGGUUGCAGUCCAUGUGCUGGGAAAGGAGGCAGUGCUCUUGGGAGAAACAGCAGAGACCUCAGGCUUCAAACUGAAGCCAGCAGAGGCCCAGCCAGUGGGCAGGUCCCAGGAUAAAGAAAUUUGGAGUACAUAUGAGGAUCUACAACAACAGCUGAGCAGUAAUACUCUUAAAGAAACUGAGCCUGUGUGUGAGAGGGCAGUGCCUGUUCACCAGAUCCAAGACUUUCCUGAGCAGACAAACACCAAAGAUUGGACAGUGGCGCCUGAGCUCUUCUUACCUGAGUCCCAGAGCUUGUUGACAUUUGAAGAAGUGGCCGUGUAUUUUUCCCAGGAAGAAUGGGAGUUACUGGAUCCCAAUCAGAAGGCUCUCUACAGUGAUGUAAUGCAGGAAAACUAUGAGACUGUCAUCUUUUUAGCCAUGUUUGUACACCUCAAACCCAAAGUGAUCUUUCUAGAGCAAGGAAAAGAGUCCUGGGUUCAAGGAUCCAUGGAGUUCCUGAACAGUCCUGGAGAGCUGCCUGUAGGAUUAAAGCUCAAAAAUGAUGCGGAGAAUCAUCAAUCUAUGUGCCUUCCUGACUUAGAAAUGCAAACACCAGGAGACUUAGUUUCAAAAAUGAACAGAAUAAAAGUUCCCCAGAAAACAACAAUCAGAGAAAAUCAUGGUGAAAUGCACAGGGUGGGGAAAUGGCACCAAGAUUUUUCAGUGAAGGAAAGAGAGAAACUUUCAGCCUGGAGACAAGAGCUGCUGACACUUAUGGAUCGUCACAAGAAAGAACGUGCAGCAGAGAAGUCUUUUAAAUGUCAGGAAUGUGGGAAAAGCUUCAGAGUUAGCUCUGACCUUAUUAAGCACCAAAGAAUUCACACUGAAGAGAAGCCAUAUAAAUGCCCACAGUGUGAUAAGAGGUUUAGAUGGAGUUCAGAUCUUAAUAAGCACUUCACAUCACAUCAAGGAUUAAAACCAUAUAAAUGCUCAUGGUGUGGGAAGAGCUUCGGUCAAACUUCAAAUCUCCACACACACCAAAGAACUCACACUGGAGAGAAGCCUUUUACAUGUUAUGAAUGUGGAAAAAAAUUCAGUCAGAACUCCCACCUUAUUAAACACCGGAGAACCCACUUGGGCCAGCCCGGGCUUGCACUCGGCCAGGAAGUUGAGCCAAGUGCGGGAGUUUUGCCAAGCUUGGGGCCCGAGACUGGCACUCUACGAGGCUGGAGCAGCUGGGCCUUCAGAUCCUCUGGAACGAACUGCCACUGUGCCUCCAACCAUCCUACUCGGUCGCCAGAGGCUUUCGCUAACUCCCAACCCCCGGAAUGUGCCGCGGCCUAUCUGAGAUCAUUCUGUAGCUCGCGGCGAGAUGCCGGAGGUCUGCCUAACCAGAAUGCCGAACUGUUGAUUCUUUCCACUGCUGGGGACUGUGUCGUCUUCAAAAGUUUGGGGUCACGGCCAACGAAUGAGAAGGCCCUGUCCUGUUGGAUAGGAAUUUUAUAUUGGGGUAACUUAAUUAGACCCGAUCUGCAUUCUCUCCUCAACAUCCUCAGAAGAACUUCAUUUCUAGCAUCUUUCCAGCAUUUGGAAAGACUUCUUCAGAGCCAUGAUCCUUUAGGCUUGAGCUGUUUACAAAGAGAAAGAGGCUGUCUCCUAAGCCCCAAAAUGGCGGCUAAGAUGGAGAUAACUUUGAGCUCUCAGUCCCACAUUCAGGCUUCCUUUUCAAAGCAAGAGAGACACAUCAUAACAAAGCUAGAAGAAAAGCGGGGGGUACCUCCGCAAAAAGACUGCCCGGAUCCUGAGGUGUCCCGUCAGAACUUUAGACGGUUUUGUUAUCAAGAGGUGUCUGGACCCCAAGAGGCACUCUCCCGUCUCCGUCAGCUCUGCUGGCAGUGGCUGCAGCCCGAGGUGCACACCAAGGAGCAGAUUUUGGAGCUAUUGGUGCUGGAGCAGUUUCUGAACAUCCUUCCCCCAGAGAUCCAGGCUCGGGUCAGGCAUCGAUGUCCAAUGAACAGCAAGGAGAUGGUGACUCUGGUGGAAGAUUUUCACAGAGCAGCCAAGAGACCAAAGCAGUGGGUGGCUGUUUGCAUGCAGGGGCAGAAGGUGCUCUUGGAGAAAACUGGAUCUCAGCUUGGAGAACAGGAACUGCCAGACUUUCAAUUGCAAACUCCUAGGAGAUAUCCUAGGGAAACUUGUCUGGAGGAGCCUUCCCAGGCAGGACCUCAGGACGAGCUUAGCCCCCAUCAUUGGGAAAAAUCCCCAUUCCUUCUGGAACCACCCACCAAAUUGGCUGGGACAGAGAGAGAAGGGAGGGAGAUAGCGAGAGAGAGAGAGAGAAACAUCAAUGUGCGGUUGCUGGGGGCCGUGGCCUGCAACCCAGAGGCCCCCAGAAUGAAAAGUGAGAACAAGGAGAAUCCACAACAGGAGGGAGUUAAAGGAGCAAAACCAUGUGCAGUGUCACCAAGCAGAUCCAAAGGGAAUGGUCUGCAGAGUCCUGAACCAAGAGGGGCAAAUAUGAAUGAAUCCCGGUUGUCACGGAGGCAAGUCAGUCCCCCAAAUGCUCAAAAGCCAUUCACUCACUUCCAGAGACAUUGCAGAGAACUGGAAUAUAUCAGCAACCUAAAAAGCCAUCCACUGAGAGAGCUAAAGAAAAGCAAAGGAGGUAAAAGAAGCCUGAGCAAUCGUUUACAACGUCUUAGUCACCAGCCGACCCAUUCAGUGAAGAAACCUUAUAAAUGUGAUGACUGUGGGAAAAGCUUCACAUGGAAUUCAGAGCUGAAAAGACACAAGCGAGUUCACACAGGGGAGAGACCCUACACAUGCGGAGAGUGUGGGAACUGCUUCGGGCGGCAAUCAACUCUGAAACUGCACCAGCGGAUCCACACUGGAGAGAAGCCAUACCAGUGCAGCCAGUGUGGGAAAAGCUUUCGCCAGAGCUCAAACCUUCACCAGCAUCACAGACUUCACCAUGGGGACUGAAAGCAGGGUUUUUGGUCUUUCUUUUCAGAAGGAAGGUAUUUGUGUUUCUCCUUCACCUUACUUGCAUUUAUGGUAAAUCACAGUCUGUGUGACUUAUAAGGAAAGCAAGAGGUCCCUGAGGAAUGAUGGUGUACAUUUUGCAGAAUUCCAGAAGAAGCUGUGGGGACAUGACCAUACACAGUUGAAGGUGAAGAAAUGGCAGGUCUGAGUAUUGGUUGAAAGGGAACUGGGGUUUCUGCUGGAGAGCAGGGUGUAACUACUGAGGGAGAUCCUGCAGGUGCCCCCACCCCAUGUUCAAUCUUUCCUGCACUGCUUUAUUUAUCCUCAAAGGUAUAUUCUAUAUAUAAUUAUACAUUUACUGUCAUACCAGACAAUCUUUAUCAUGCAUAUGCUUCGUAAUAAAGAUGGGUGAGCCACAAGAAUGUCAAA